AUGAACCGCUCAAGGCCGCUCCCCCCUCCAGCUCUCGCUCGAGAGGAGGGGGCAGCCUAUCACGUGCUCUUUAGUAACCAUUCCGUGUUCAGUCCUCGUUCAGAUAUCGCUUCGAAACAUCCUUCUUCAGUGCAGCCGUCCUCAUCUCUCCCCUCCCUUCAUUCCCAGCAGCAAAGUGAACAAAUCCUUAGUGCAUGUUUCUAG